AUGUUCCCGCAUGACUUAAAGUUGUUGCUUAACAACUACCUGUUUUGGAAGACUGCACAAGUUUCCUUCCUGCUCCGCACGUCGUACCUACCAAUAUCAAACAGCACUUACCAACCAAGAAUGUCGACCAAACCUUCACUAGCUUCGAACAACCCUUUCCGCACCGACACCACCAUCGAAAUGCAGAAAACUGGCUCGCAACAAAUGCCUGCUGAUUAUCGAGAUCCCAACCACCCGUUGGCACCUAGCGAUCUUGAGACUCAAUCAAUCACCAGGCACGGCUGUGCCAACAAAAAAACUCUCUACACGAUCGCUGGUGUGGCGACCUUGGUGGUUGGACUCGUCACUGCCUUUCUGGUCAGCAUUAAGAUCUCCCACAAUCGCUCUAUUCCUUCAUCGAAUUGCGAGAACGCAACGAAUACAAACUUCGAUUGGCAGCGAGCCACCACGACUACAACGCUCAUUUCCAUCGGCACAGAAACCCCGCAACCGAGUACAUUGACCACGUGGGUUACCGUCACUCCAAUUAUCUUUGCCCCGCCGAGCUCUACGCCGUUAUCUACCGGAACAGCGUCACGCUCUGCACCCGCGAACUCCACACAGAAUGCUGAGCCGCCACCAUCGACCAUCCAACCUGCAAUCGGUACCGAUAAGCCUGCGGCCAAGUGCCUGGUGGUCGACACAUUCGGUGCGCAAGACAUCUGCGAAUACCAUUGCAUACCAGUGAACGAGGGCAAAGCUCAGCACUGUGAAUUGAGGAGUGGACGGUUGCUGUGCAUACAGUGUGAUUCUGUAUGA